AUGCUGGUGUCAACCUCAUUCCCAAGCAAUGACUUUGCUUUCUAUGACCAAGUCCUUGACCACAUUCAGCUCUUCGGAGUCAUCCCUGAAAGAUAUUCCAAGUAUGGGCUCCACCAACUUGAUGAAUAUUUUGCCAUGGGACGUGGUCUACAGAGACCCGCCAAGGAUGGCGAGCCUGCUGUUGAUGUUCCUAGUUUGGAAAUGGUGAAAUGGUUUGACUCCAACUACCACUACGUCAAGCCAACCCUCCAGGACAACCAGGAAUUCAAGCUCUCCUCCACCCCAAAGCCCGUCAUAGAGUUCAAGGAGGCAAAGGAGGCUGGCCUCAACACUCGCCCAGUCAUUCUUGGUCCCGUGUCUUUCCUUGUUCUCGCAAAGGCUGAUCGUGGCCAGUCCGUGGAGCCUAUCUCUCUCUUAGAAAAGCUUUUGCCUCUCUAUGAGCAACUUUUGAUCCAACUCAAAGAAGCGGGCGCUGAGACCGUCCAGAUCGACGAGCCAGUACUUGUCUUUGAUCUAGCGGCCAAGGCCAAGGCUGCUUUCAAGCCAGCUUAUGAGAAGCUCGGUGGUCUUGGUGACAAAGCUCCGCGUCUUGUCUUGGCUACCUAUUUCGGAGACAUUGUGCACAACAUCGAUGUCCUAUCCCAUCUCAAAAAUCUGUACGCCAUCCACGUUGACCUCGUUCGCAACCCUGAACAGCUUGAAACGGUUAUCGGAGCACUUGCACCUAACCAGACAUUGUCCGCUGGUGUCGUUGAUGGCCGUAACAUCUGGAAAACCAAUUUCAAGAGAGCGAUCGAAAUUGUUGAACUUGCUAUUCAAAAAUUAGGCAAGGAUCGAGUCAUCGUCGCCUCUUCCAGUUCACUCCUUCACACUCCUCACACACUUGAGAGCGAGAAAAAGCUUGACCCUGAAGUCCGUGACUGGUUCAGCUUUGCCGUUGAGAAGGCCACCGAACUCGUCGUCAUUGCCAAGGCUGUCACUGAGGGCCCUGCCGCCGUCCGCGAACAACUCGAAGCCAAUGCCAAGUCUAUUCAGGCUCGUGCUUCAUCCAAACGUACCAAUGAUCCAAAGGUCAAGGAAAGACAAGGUGCUGUAACCGAAGAAAUGCACAACCGCAAGUCUGCCUUCCCUGAGCGUAUCAGCCAACAACAGAAACACCUUGGUCUCCCAUUGUUCCCAACUACCACCAUUGGUUCCUUCCCUCAGACCUCCGAAAUCCGUGUCCAGAGGAAUAAAUUUACCAAGGGUGAUAUCUCUGCACAAGAAUAUGAACAAUUCAUUGAAAAGGAAAUUCAAGACGUGGUUAAGAUCCAGGAGGAAUUGGACCUGGAUGUUUUUGUCCACGGUGAACCCGAACGUAACGACAUGGUUCAAUACUUUGGCGAGAGGCUGACCGGCUAUGUCUUCACCACACACGCCUGGGUUCAAAGCUACGGUUCUCGAUGCGUUCGUCCUCCAAUUAUCGUUGGCGAUAUUUCUCGGCCUGCGCCAAUGACCGUUAAAGAGUCCAAAUAUGCCGCUUCGAUUUCUAAGAAGCCAAUGAAAGGAAUGCUUACUGGUCCAAUUACUUGCUUACGUUGGUCUUUCCCUCGUGAUGAUAUCCACCAGUCUAUCCAGGCUCAACAGCUCGCUCUCGCUCUCCGUGACGAGGUCGUCGACUUGGAAGCAGCCGGAAUCUACGUCAUCCAAGUCGAUGAACCAGCUCUCCGUGAAGGUCUUCCACUCAGAACCGGCAAGGAACGCGAUGACUACCUCAAAUGGGCCGUCAAGGCCUUCCGCCUCGCCACCUCCGGUGUUGAGGAUAGCACCCAAAUUCAUUCUCACUUCUGCUACUCCGAAUUCCAGGAUUUCUUCCACGCCAUCGCUGCGCUCGAUGCUGAUGUUCUCAGUAUCGAAAACAGCAAAAGUGAUGCCAAGUUGCUCAAGGUCUUCGUUGAUGAGAAGUAUCCUCGCCACAUUGGUCCUGGUGUUUACGAUAUUCACUCUCCCCGUGUUCCAAGUGAGCAAGAAAUCAGGGAUCGAAUUGAGGAGAUGCUUCAGUAUCUCCGACCAGAUCAACUCUGGAUUGAUCCCGACUGUGGUCUCAAGACCAGACAGUGGGCGGAGACGAAGGCUGCUCUCAUCAACAUGGUGAAUGCUGCCAAAUACUUCCGCCAAAAGUACUCUAAAUAA